AUGAACUCCAUAUCCAUCGAGACCGAGCGGGGAGGGCGAAUGACCUCGCCCAUAGCAAGAAGUGUUUGGAUAAAUCUAUACAAACAGUUGGAAAGAGAAGCAUCGAAGUUCCCGCAGUACAAUUACCGUGAAUUCGCGAAGCGUCGAAUCCGUGAUCACUUUGAAGCGAACCGAGGUGUAACCGAUCCCGAAGGAAAGGAAAAUCUUGAGGUGAUACGCAGACAAGUUGCUUUAAUACAUAUUGACAAAAUGAGGGAGUGUGGGAAAUGCAAGUCUAAUGAAUAUACUAAUAAAAAUCUUGUUAUGAUGGUAAACGAAUGCGGACAUCCUCUGUGCAAAAACUGUGUGGAGAAUCUCUUUGCGCGAAAUGCGGGUCCAUGCCACGUCUGUGGAAAAACGUUGCGUAAAAACAAUUUUUGGGAACAGGUGUUUGACGAUCCUUUGAUAGAAAAAGAAACGCACAUCAGACGACGUCUCAGGAAGGUUUACAAUCUCAAGAAAGAAGAUUUUCCUACGCUUCGAGAGUUCAACGACUAUUUGGAAAGGUUCGAGUGCCUCGUAUGUAAUCUCGCUUAUGGUAUCGAUGUUGAAGAAACGGAAGCAGAGAUCGCAGCAUUCAAAGAAACACAUGCUGAAUUGAUAGAACGUAACAAAAAGAAGUUAGAUGAAGAUCAGAUUUGGAUCAUGCAGAACCUCAAAGAAGAUCGGGAAAUGAAAAAUCGCGUCGAUCAGGCUCACAAUCAAGAAAAUAAAGAAGUCGAAAGAUCAGCAGUCAAAGACACAAAGGCCAUCAUGGAAGAGUUGCGCGAAUCGAAUGUUCCUGCUGAAGUGAUUCUGGAUAGAGAAAGGAAGCAGAUUUUGCAAGAUCGAAAGCGGAUGGCGGAGUCUAUGUCAUUCUCCACUUCUCAACGUAUGUCUGGACGAGCGUUUGAGUACAAGCCUCCCCGUUUGCUCAUCAACGGCCCCCCAAUCCCAAGCAAAGAAGAACUCGAAGCGAAGGGUUACCUACAGCAUAUUCGUGCUGCUAGUUUAGCGCGUGUAGCCGGAGGGUUCACAACACAUACCGGGUGUCUCCGAGCGCUCUUCGAUAGCCGCGUUGAUCUUCUCAACAUGACCGAGCCUAUAGAUUUAUCGCUUGCUUAUCAAAACAUAUCCAUAUUCUACAGCGGAGUGAACAAUGAAGAAUCAGCAGCGUGGCUCAACAGUGUGCAGAGUUCUGUGCAAGCAUGGACUCUUUGUGAUCGAAUUCUGUGCGAACGACGAGAUCCUUUGGCAUGUUGCUUUGCGGCUCAGACGCUUCGGCAAAAGAUAAUGAAGUCUCUCAGCGAAUUACCGAAAGAUGCGUACCUUUCACUCAGGGAAUCGUUAAUAUCUCAUUUGAGUUAUAUCGAUGUCUCAUGUCAUGACCAAGUAGCAGACGCCACUGCUACGCAACUAUGCCUCGCUGUAGCUGAUCUCUACAUUCAGGUGCCCGAGUGGAAGAAUUGGGUCAAUGAAUUGCUCCAGCGGUUUUCCGCAUUAGAAGGUGACAGAACUCGCAUGUUGCUAACUCUGCUUCGGGUUUUCUCAGAAGAGGUUCAGUUCAGCAAGGUUGGCGAGAAUCGUCGAAAUGAGAUUCGUAGUGAACUCGCAGCCAGCGGAGCAAGCGUGAUUGCGUACUUGUCGCAAGUUCUGGAAGGUUACGUUGCUGAUCACGACAUGAUAAAGAAGGUUCUAUUAUGUCUCUCUGCGUAUCUACAAAAUCCAGCCCUCUCUACUGACCAGUUUGCUGCCAGCCCACUUCUCAACAACGUCUUUCAAAUUCUAGCUGCUCCAAAUGCACCAAACUUUCUGCACGACGCAGCUACAGAAUGUGCUGUCUCAGCGCUUGUUCGGGCUGAGGACCAUCACGCUCAUCAAGCGUUAGCAAUGAGUCUUCAAGCAGCUGUAUACCAACUCCAUGGAGCCUUCAACCAAGCAGUUGCUAUGGAAGAUAUGGACAAACUGCAGAACUUCGCUCGCAUAUUUGUCGAACUUGCUGAGUCACUGCUGGAAAAGAUUGUUAAUGAAGGCAGCGAUGAUCCGAACAGUAUGGGCAGCAUCAAUACUCUCGAACUUCUUCUUCUAUUGGCAGGUCAUCAUGACUACUCGUUGAUUGAAAUGACCUUCAACAUAUGGUAUCGAAUUUCGGAAGGAUUGUUCAGUUUUGAGGAUGAUCAACAUAUAGAGAAGUUCAAGCCUUACGUCCAAAGAUACUUGACUGCCCUUUAUCGCCACUGUCGUUAUGAUACGGAAGAGGAAGGAAUUCCGGACCGUGACGGUGACUUCGCCGACUUUAGACUGAAGGUGGUGGAAACAGUGCGUGAUGUUGUUUUCGUCGUCGGAACAGAAGCUUGUGUGAGAAGUAUGCACUCGAUGCUGAUGACAUGCAGCCAGUCUGGUACAUGGGAUGAAACGGAAGCGGCUCUUUUCAUUAUUUCGACUGUCAUCGGCAACAUUAUACCCGAAGAGAAUACUGUGGUUCCCGAAUUGGUGACUGCAAUAAUUGGUCUUCCACCGACUUCACAUCCUGCACUUUUGCUUACAUCAGUGGAACUCGUUGGAAGCGCGAAUGAGUGGUUGAGCAAGAAUCCAUCAUACCUGGCUUGCACAGUGCUCAUUAUGAACCUACCAGAAGACGGUAUUCGCCAACGUUUGACUGAGAUGUGCCAGCCAAUAAUUCAGCGGCUGCAAAUGGUUUUAUCUUCGACACCUGUGAUUUCCAUGAAUAAUGAAAAUGAGAAGGCUGCUGAUUCAUGGGCUAGAAUCGCUGGUGAACCUGUUCUGUGGAUUGAUCGUAUAGCGACUAUUUUCCGCGAAGUUCGACCUUGGAAUGGAGCUGGCUCGAAGUCAAUGAACGGCAAUGCGUCUGAACAAGCUCCUUGGUUGGACAUAGCCACACAGUUGUAUGGAGUUUUAUCAGAGUCCCUGAAACGCUACGAAAGUACAUCUAGAGUGGUGGAGCACUGUUGUCGAUCCAUCAGAUUUAUUGUUCGUUCUCUUGGCGUUCAAUCCAUUGGUUUUGUUGAACCUCUCAUUACUCAGAUGAUGGAUAUCUUCUCAAGGCACCAGCAUUCAUGCUUUCUGUAUUUGUCUUCAAUUCUUGUCGAUGAGUACGGCGGAAUGGAAUCGUUACAGCCUGGCCUUAUGAUUAUGCUUGAGACUCUCGCCCAUGGAACUUUCACAGUGCUAACCUUGGAAAAUGGGCCGCGGGACCAUCCCGACACAGUUGAUGACCUUUUCCGUCUUGCGAUGAGAUUCGUGACACGUGCUCCUUCAGCGUUUUUCACGCAUACGGUAGCAACAGCACUUUUUGAGUGCGCAAUGGUGUGUCUCUCUUUGGAUCAUCAAGAAGCGAACAGAUCCGUGACCCGCUUCUUCGGGUCCAUAAUUGAGCAAUUGCUUGCUGCCAGGAAGACUGGUUUCCGCGAUGCUGGUGUCGAAGCUGCUGAAGAUCUUGUCAUUCAUCAUGGUGCAAAACUGAUUGAACUGUGUCUCACUGCAGCGAUCUUCAAGGUAACGGGGUCACUUCGGCGGGAUCUUGCCGAGAUCGUGUACAUGUUGAGCAAAAUUGAUCGAGGGCGUCACAAGGAGUGGCUCAUAACAGCAACUUCUCGUCUUCCUCGUGGCCCUCUUGCAGCUACGGAUGAACAGCUCGAACAAUUUCGUCACAAGGAGUGGCUCAUAACAGCAACUUCUCGUCUUCCUCGUGGCCCUCUUGCGGCUACGGAUGAACAGCUCGAACAAUUUGUUGCUAAUAUUACGGCUGAUCCCGAACGAAUAUCGCUGCGAGAUGUCCACACGCAAAUUCGUGACCUGAUAAAACUGUACGAGUGA